AUCAGCUCCAAAUCCAAAUUGAUAAUCGUGAUAGCUGGACAAAUAGGAGUUUGCCUAAAAAAUACAAUGAAGACUUCAAUCUUUGCAUCUAUUGUCGUCAUUUUGAUUUCAGUUCACAGGGUAUCUGGUUCCUGUGGCAAAAAGAUUGCCAACACUGACUGGGCUUCAUGUCUUCCUGGACCUGAAUGCCCAAGUAACUUCCUGAAACUGGAUGAUGACGAGCAGUGCAGUCAAUUUGGUGCAGGAUUUGUGUGCUGUCUCAUYAGGCCAACAUUUAAUAUAAACGUGAAAGAUGCCCCAUGCAUAAUUAAGGGUGUGGACAGUGGGUCAAAGGACAAGGAAUUGUAAUAUUUAAGAAUACAAAUGUAGCUUAUAAUAAACCUUCUAUAAGUUAAUUUUCCUCUUUGCAACUUUAUGGCCAAUCCGUUUUGCCAAAAACCUGUAAGGGAUUUGAAUUCAAGUCCCUUAUAGGUUUCUGGUUUUGCUGAAUGCCUGGCCGACAAGUUUCAACACGAGGCCUGAAUACAUACUUACGACAUAAACCGGAAGUGACUUAGGAAUUGAAAAAUAUUUUCAUGGAAUUUAACAAGAAGAAAGAAAAUGUCCUUUGCUAUAGACAUAAAAUUUUUAUUCAAGUGAAUGGAAUCCCCUAAUAUUUUCCAUCUUAACCACAGCUAAUCCAGACUCAAUAACAAAGUAUAAUGUAUGUUACAUGAAUAAAACGUCUCUUACCUUCCUGGUUGG